GUCACGUUGAACCCACUGUACAACCAAAACAGAGCAAGCGUGUGCAGUUUUGCUGGGCUAUAUAAGCUUUUAAACCAAACUUUUUAAUACAUUUCUAUUAUAUCUUACAUAAAUUAGAUGUAUUCAAAUGCUAUUGCACCGCUGGUUUCGGUUGCACGCGUUGUGUAGAAGUUUACGAGAAAGAGGAGAAGGAUGGAGGACAAUCUGUGGACAUCCGACUGCGGUAAAGCACUCCAGAGCCGGGUUGAACUUCCCACCCGGUCGGCGGUUCUGUCACGGGGCUUUAGGGGGCCUGUACGGUAACGUCUCUGUGCAGAGGUACAUCCGACAGCUCAUGGAGGAGUUCAGGAGCCUGGAUGAGAGGCUGCAGCGGGCUUCUCUCAGCGAGGCAGACAGGCGGGCCAUCGUGCAGAAACAUACCGAGCUCCUGCCGCUGGCGACGGUGUGGAGAAGUGUGGAACAGGCGCUGAAAGAUCACGAGGAGGUGUUAUCUCUCCUACAAGGCACCAAAGUUGAAGAUGUGCAGAUGAGCGAGCUGCUGAAGGAGGAGGAGGCACUGCUGUCUCAGAGGAUCAUAGACAUGAGAAAAGAUAUGGUGAAGACGAUAGUUCCCAGUGACCCUCUGGACUCCAGCGAUGUCAUACUGGAGGUGGUGUCAGGGCGCACCACAGGAGGGGACAUCUGCCAGCAGUUCACCAGAGAAAUGUUUGACAUGUACCAAGGAUAUGUGCACUACAAGAAUUGGGAUUUUGAGCUGUUUAACUACACUCCUUCAGACUAUGGUGGUCUGCACCAUGCGGCCGUGCGGAUCGCCGGAGACAGUGUGUACAGACAUCUGAAACACGAGGGGGGCACACACAGGGUGCAGAGGAUCCCUGAGGUGGGCCUGUCCUCCAGGAUGCAGAGAAUCCACACAGGAACCAUGACUGUCAUCAUCCUGCCUCAGCCUGUGGAGUUUGAUGUGAGCAUUGAGCAGAAGGACCUUCGCGUGGACACAUUCAGAUCCAGAGGAGCAGGAGGACAGAGCGUCAACACCACCGACAGUGCAGUGAGGGUGGUGCAUCUGCCCACAGGUAUUUCAGCUGAGUGUCAGCAGAGCCGCUCUCAGCUCCAGAACAGGGACACGGCCAUGCGUAUGUUAAAAGCCCGACUCUACCAAAGCAUCAUGGGUAAAGAGGUGGCGCAGAGGCAUACAGCCAGGAAGCAGCAGGUGGGAAGCCGGUCUCAGUCGGAGAGGAUCAGAACAUACAACUUCAGCCAGGAUCGAGUUACUGACCACAGGACAGGCUAUACGACCAGAGAUAUAAAAGAGUUCAUGAGAGGAGGAGAGGCACUCGAUGAUCUGAUCCUGAACGUUCUGGAACAUGCUGAGACAGAGGCUCUACUGGAGUUAGUAGAGCAAAGUCUGAAACAAACUAUGUGUGAAAAUACUGCAGACAAAUAGUGCCUAUGUCAUUUAUUUAUAUUUUUGGUGAUGUUUAAAUUGCACUAAACCAUUAAAGUUUGUAACUUUAAAA